GGCGACAUCUACAAGCAUUAAAACUUUAAUGCUUUUCAGUCUUUAACGCCACUCUGUUUGAAACGUGUAUUAAAUAAAAAUUGACUGGAUAUUGUUGAAAAUAACAAAAGAUUGUAGCACUUUAUCCAAAUUGUUAAAAAUCUUAUUUGUAUUUUUCUUGAUUAUUUAAUUUAUCUAUUAAAAUAAUGUUAGAGCAAACAAUAGAAGCCUUAACCAAAAGCAGAGUAAUAUUAGCUAGUGGAUCUCCUCGACGACAUGAAAUAAUACAAAAAUUGGGUAUAAAACCAGAAGUAGUACCUUCGUUGUACGAUGAAAAUUUAGAUAGGUCAGCAUAUAAAAGUUACGGAGAAUACAUACAAAACUUAGCGAAGUAUAAAGUAGAAGAAGUAUAUAAUAGAAUGAAAAAAGAUCUUGCACCACCUUUUCUAAUAAUUGGUGCAGAUACAAUGGUUACAAUGGGUAAUCUUAUUUAUGGAAAACCGAAAAACGAAUCACAGGCAUUUGAAAUGUUGUCAAGUUUAGCGAAUAAAGAGCAUACAGUUAUCACAGGCGUAUGUUUAAAAACUUCAAAUACGGAGGUGAAUUUUUAUGAGUCCACAAAAGUGAAAUUUGGGGAUUUAUCAGAAGAACAAAUAAGAACAUACAUAAAAUCAGGGGAAUGUUUAGAUAAAGCUGGAGCUUACGGUGUACAAGGAUACGGUGGCUGUUUAGUUGAAAAAGUUAAUGGGGAUUUCUAUACUGUAAUGGGUAUGCCAUUAUACUCAUUAACACAACAAUUAAACAAAAUUUUCUCAAGUUCCUAAUAUGCAUAGUAGUAUAGUUAAUUU